AUGGUGGUUCCAAAUGAUCAAAGAAUGCACAUAACGAAUCAUUUGUUAUUUGUGGAUGAUCUCAAGAUCUCUGCGACCGACGAGAAUAUCAUGAAAUCUAUGGUCGAAACAGUUGACAAGUUUUUUGAUGUGGCAGGACUAGAAGAGAAUCCAGCAAAGUCAGCCACUAAAACCGAGAUAUGCGCUAAUAAGGCGGUGCCAUUGAAAGGAAUUGGAAAUACCUUGAAAUAG